GAAGAGGCAGGGUUCUCAGAAAUUAUAAAGAAAGAUAAAGAUACUUUGUACGCCGGCGGAAGCUGUGUGAGGUUCUCCGCAGACGCGGUUACAUUGAAGAAUAUACGAUAUCACAUCUAUGAGGUAAAUGGCCAUGAAUGAGAAACAAGAUUUCCUGGAAGUACUUCAGUGUUGCGAUUGAUUCCAGCCGAAAGCUCUAUCUUUAUAGAAUUCCGAUAUUUAGUCAAUCACCCACUUGCUUUGAUUGUACAACAAAACAGUUACAUUGGGAAGACGAACACUCACUUGUAUUCUCGUCAUCGCUGAGUGUUAAACUUCGAAUCUUCAAACUUCGAAACCUAUUCUUCAUUUUUCCACACAGGUACAGAUAUCAUGUCAGCUUUAUACAGUCCCGAAGCAACGCAUUGCGAAGGCCUCGAGGACCAAAAGCUUCACAAAUCAGAGAAAGAAGAUAAUGAUGACUUCUCUAAAGCAGACGAAGAAGAAUUGUUUCUCGAGCGCCAUAACUUCCCAUCUCAUCAAAAGCAACACAGCCAUAAGCGAAAAAUCUACAUCGUGGCCACCGUCGCUAUUUUUAUUGUUCUCGCAUCCAUCGUAUUCGGAACAUACUCGACGUUGCGUUUUAAGGCCUUAAAACACAGCUACAAUAGCGCGUCUACUCAACACCCAUCUCCGCCAGAACCUCACUCUCAUGAAAACCACAUAGGAGUCCACGAACACAAGCAUGAACACUCCCCCAUCUCAUCCGCUCAAGCCAGCUAUUCCACACGUCCAGACCUAGAUUGUGGGGAUAGCGAAGCCUCUGCAAAAGCUGCAGGCUGCACUUUUAACGUCAUGGCAUUCUCAUACGUUCCAGCCUCAUGUAACGGCAGCGAAAUCAUGAGCUCCUUCGUCGACAAGCAUGCAAAUCUACCUCUUGAUGGAGCCGGAAUAUUUCCUUGGUACCGCUGGUCCAACCGGACCGAGUCUGUACCGCAAGAUGCAAAUGAGCUUAGUAAAUAUCCAUUUAUUUGGACAACUCAUGAAUGGCACAUUGCGCACUGCCUAUACAAUUGGGCGCUGACUACUGAUGCAAUUUCGAGGGUUCUCAAUAGCGAGAAGAAUGUUUGGAUCUUGCAGGAUGCGGUUCAAGGGGGUCAUAUUGCGCACUGUAAUGGUUUGGUAUCUGAUCGAGUGACGAGUGGUCUGACGCCUUUGCGAGCUUUCAGGGCAAUUGGACGUUGUGUAAAACUAGACACUGACGGUAUUGCUACUUUGAGUAAGGAUCCCUAUGGAAGCCAUGUGGAUUGAAAGGUUUGCGAUUUUUGUUUGGUGUGAGAACUCCCAGAUAAAUGCCAAGAGGUUUAGGAAUAUCAGUAUAUAAGUCAGAACAUGAGCCUACAUUAUAGGCUAUAAGCAAAGUUUACAGAGUUCACGCAAUAUAGAGCCAUGUGUCUGCACAGUAUUCUGGCUUACUGUUUACCAAAUUUGGAAAAUGGCCUAACUGAAGCCCAAAUGACCCGCGUGAUAUUUUAAAGAUAGAAGAUAUACAUUUUUAUUAAAACAUUUUAUAGUAAAAGACGAAGAAUCUGAUAAGAGAAAGCCAAAAAUGAAAAACUUAGUUUCCGCACAAAUGCAUUGAGAAACUGCCUUGAGUUACCGACUAUGUAUGCUUCUAAGUCUCCCAGUCCUUCACUUGAUGGCGUAGGUGAAUCAACUUCCAUAUGCUACACGUAUGUGCUUCAACAAUUGACAAUGUGUAAUGACAAACUGAUUUCACCA